AAGGCCAAGAGCCUCGACGCCUACCUCUCCAGCACCCCUCACGUGCGCGUCGCUCUCCAGCCAGAACUCACCACGUCUCGAUCCAUUGCCUCCGGUUCUGCUUCUCUCGUUGGCCCCAACCACGGUACGUCGGCCCAGUCGCAUGAUGACACGCAAGCCCUCCUGGACAUGCUUCAACUGUACCCCUCGGAGUCUCCC